CUCUUUUCGGUCGCUGCCAAACCUUCCAUUCUAGCCCAUGUCCAUAUUAUUAUAAUUUACAAUUUACAUUACAGUUCAUUUUGGCUGCCCGUGAAAACUGUGCAGACAACGCAGUUCAAAUAAAGUAUAAUUUAUCUAAUAUCGCACGUAUCACUUAUUCUAAACAUACUGAUCUAAGACGAUUGCUACAAUAAACAUCCUACCACGAACGAACGAAACAGACGCGCAUACACUCGAUCGCCGGCGUUAACACACUCGGCCAGACGCCAUACAAUAUCUCUAAACUUCUGUAUAUAUACAGAUCCACGAAUUCGACGUACGUUCUAGGUGAUUAAAUACCAACGUGCAAAAAUGAGUGAAAAAACCAUGCCAUACUCAUAUGGUACGGAAGUUUGGGUAAAAGUGGUCAAUCGUUAUUGGUGGCCUGGCAUAGUCGUAGAUCCGCUUACAAUUCCAGAUGAACUAUUAGAAUACGUUAACAAGGUAAACCCUAUCGCCGUGGUUCAAUUUAUACAAGAAGACAAAUAUGAAGUUGUUGUCAAAGACGAUAAAAUAACCCCAUACUCAUGUCCUCUUAAAAUUGAUCAUAUUAAAAGAGGGAUAUCUUUACAUAAGAACCAAAAGAAAGGUUUACCAGUAUUAGGUAAAUUUGAUAUGGAAAACUUUAAAAAGGAUGUUGUAUCAAUAGAAAGGCGUAUUGGAGGUGAUAUUUUCAUUUUUGAAACUAUAGAAAAAUCAGAAGAACAUUUAAAGUCCAUCAUGCAAUGUUUCACCCCAUCUAAUGUUAUGAAGCCCAAGAAAAAAGAAGUUAGUAGAAUGUCUUUGCCAGCACCUACACCUAAAGAACUAUUUGUAUCUACACCAAAAUCGAAACGAACUUCUCUUAGCAAACAAAAAACUUCACCUCCAUCAAGAGUUGUAAAACUCCAUACGCCCAUUAGAACACCAAUAGCAAGUGGUUAUGCUUGUCAUGUAAAACCCAACUGUACUUAUACAACUAAUCGUUAUGAUCUUCUAAAACGUCAUAUGGCAUCGCAUAAAAAUGAUACUGAAGAAAAAGUAGUCAAGAAAUCGCCUGUUUCUACUACAAAUAAACGAAAAAAUGUAAAGACUAAAUUGUCGUCAGAUGCUAAAAAAAUUAAACUACAAAACGAGUUAUUAAAAGAUUGGGAAAAUGAUGGCGAUGAUGAAGAUGUAGAAUUUGAUACAAGUAAUGCAUCAACCAGAAGUGAAGUUAAUCCAAGUACAAGUUCAAGUGAAAUUGUAUCAAGUGCAAGUGAAGCUGUACCAAGUACAAGUGAAGCUGUACCAAGUACAAGUGAAGCUGUACCAAGUACAAAUGAAGUUGUACCAAGUACAAGUGAAGCUGUACCAAGUACAAGUGAAGCUGUACCAAGUGCAAGUGAAGCUGUACCAAAUGCAAGUGAAGCUGUACCAAGUACAAGUGAAGCUGUACCAAGUACAAGUAAUGUUGCACCGACCAUAGUUGAUGUUAUACCAACAACAAAAGUUUUAUCGAGUAAAAGUGAUGAUUUAUCCAUCUCAAAUGAAAUUGAAGGAAUUUUAGAUUUCAACAAAAAUGAUAAUAUUACCCCUGUUGUAGAACAAAGACAAAGUAAAUCUGAUUCAACUGAGGAUAAUAUAAAUGAUACAUUUGAACUGCAGUUAACUUCAGAUGUUUUAAACCAUACAGUUUCCAAAAUAUCAUCAAAGGAAUCACAUUUAGUUGAGGGAAAUAAAAAUGAUUCUUCUGAUGAGUCUCAUAAAUUACAAUCAAAUGAGUUUACAGAUAAAAAUGAUGAUCAAACAAAAAAUACUGAAUUACUAUUAGAAAAAACGGUAAAUACUUUAGAUCAAAUUACCCAUUUUGAAAAUUCUCUGAGUGGCAUUUCAAGUACUUUAAAUAAAUCAAAUUCAAAUAUAUUGACCAAAGCUGACAAUAUUAUUGAUGUACCCAAAUUAAGUGAAUUUGAACCUAGUAAUCCAAAUAAAGAUGUUUAUUCAGAGACUGAUAACAUCACAAAUAUUGUUGAAAAUAUGUCUAUUCAGACAGAAAAUCAUGAAUUAGUCGAAAAUAUGUCUAUUCAGACAGAAAAUCAUGAACUUGUUGAAAAUACGUCAAUUAAGAUAGAAAAUCAUGAACUUGUUGAAAAUAUGUCUAUUCAAAUAGAAAAUCACGAACUUGUUGAAGAGAGUCCUAUUGAUCUAGAGAUAGUUCCAAAAUUAGAAGUUAAUCAGUCGAAUGAUACAACAAUGGAUAAGGAUAUGCCUAUUGAGAACACCUGUUCUGUAAAUAGUAUUUCAAGUAGAAUAGAUUCUGAAGCCACUGUGGGAAAUGAAACUGAGUGUCUGAUAGAUGGUCUAGAACCUGAUUGGACAAAAGAAGAUAAUUGGAGAUCAUUUACAGAAAAUGGACUUAAGGAAGCUAAUUCAUAUUCUGCUGAACUCAAGCUGCCUUCUAGCCACGAGUAUACACUGCCUGAGUUUUUGAAGUGAGCUCCUCAAACAAUAACAGGAUAUGUGUUCAGGUGGUGGUUUGGUUAGCAGAGUGCCGUGACAAGUAAAACAUAUACAAAUACUGGGGGAAUCCAGAAAUUGUUCACUGCCAGAUUUGUCAAGUUUUUCAUGUACUUUAGAUUUAAAGUUUAAACCCUGUGAACCAUUUUUAAAAUUUAAUAAGGCCUAAGUAAGGGGAGUAUAUUUAUGUAUAAAUUGCACUUGAUUGGAAAAAUAAGUUGCACAUUAAUUUCUUCGGUAUCUUUCACUGCCAAACACCAUUGUGUUUUAUUAAUUAAAUUUUGGUACUUGUUUUUAUGCUGCAUAACAAAUAUUGUAGUAUGUGAUCUAUUUCUUAAGUGAUUACCGGUUAAUUUUCUUGUUAUUAAUCAUUAAAAUAAGCUAUUUUUGUAUAAGCUUAUUUUUCUUUCCUCACAUUUAAACUAAUUCAUUUGGCUCAUUGUAAUAUUAUAUUUGAACUUGGAAACAUUAGUGUGAAAAGACUGAUAAUUAAUUUGAUUUUUGUAAAGUUUUAAAAAUAUAUUUCAACAGUUUUUGGUAAAUUUUUUACUGGUAAGUAGUUGCAUACAUCACUGAAAUUAUUCUGUACAUGGCAUAUAAGACAAGUACCUUAGAUUUAUUUUUUAUAGUAAAUAUUUUAUUGUUGACUGUUCAUUUAUUUAUCUAUAAUUUUUUUUAUUAG